AUGCAAAGAGACUUCCAAGUUAAUGCACUGAGAACAAAAACAAAAUACAAGCUCACAGCACUCAGGGUUGGAAUGAGGGAGCACAUUCUGAAUAGCUUGACGUCUUUAUUUGAUAAUACCACUCUGAGCCUACCUAUGCUUGCAAUUCUGGAAGCACUUGAAGAUAAGAACAGCAGAGUAGAGGAUAAAGCGGAAGAUGGCGUUGCGGUAUCAAAACGAAGCCAGCGAAAUAGGAUCAUGCAUGUAAAUACACUUAAGGCGGCAGAAAAGGAUGAUGAGAACAAUGACGCCUCAUUAGUUUUACCAACACACCUAACAGAAGAUAAGCCAAAUGAUGAAGGAGCAGAGGACCAUCCACCAACAACCUACAAGCUUCCAGGGUUGAGAAAAUACAACAAGGGCAUGGGGAGUAGUAUUCUUGAUGAUUCAGCAAUAGGAAGAUCAAAAAGAGGAAGCAGAACAAAGAUCGCUGACAAUAAUAAGCUACCAAAGAGCAAUGAGCACAACAAGGAUAAUACUAGAGUUCUAAGACGUAACAGCGCUUUAAAGAGUAGUGGUGAUAGUAAACCAAAGGUGAAAAUACCGCCUUCAACAAAGCCAAAGGGGAAGAGCCAAUCAAGUAAAGAGUAG